CUCGUAUAGCUUUUUGGUGAGCGCGCUAGUCAGGAGAGAGUGAAGUGAUUUUUCUGCUGUUGAAGGAUGCGGAGCUAAAGGUUUUAUGUUUGAAUGACAAGACUCUUCCGGCCGGCACAAUGGUUUUGACUGCGUUGACCCAGUUUAGCUGCAAGGUAAAUGUUGAAGACACCGUUGAAAUGUUACCAAAAUCGAGAAGAGCACUUACCAUUCAAGAGAUUGCGGCAUUAGCCAGAUCUUCAUUACAUGGCAUUUCCCAGGCGAUGAAGGACCAUGUGACACGGCCCACAGGCAUGGCCCAGGGCAGGGUGGCCCACCUGAUAGAGUGGAAGGGCUGGUGUAAGCCCACUGACACCCCCGCAGCUCUGGAGUCUGACUUCAACAACUACUCUGACCUCACUGAGGGAGAACAGGAGGCCCGCUUCGCUGCAGGUGUGGCGGAGCAGUUUGCCAUAGCGGAGGCUAAGCUGAGAGCUUGGUCGUCUGUGGAUGGAGAUGACUCUAAUGACGACUCUUAUGACGAGGACUUCAUUCCCGCCAACGAGCCCACAACACAAAGCACGGAUCUAGGAUCAGUGCCCCCCUACCUGAGGGACCUUCUUCACAGUCAGGUGUGUCAGCAUCUGGGUCUGCGGGGGCCGUGCUGCGAGGGAGCAGGUAGAGGAGACAGGCCCUCGCCCACUUCCACAGACACCAUCUGCUCCAGCCUCUGCAGCCUGGACGAGCAACACCCCUUACUGCGAGAUCUCACCCAUCACUGCGGCAACAACUACGGUAACGCCGCCGAGCUGGCUGCCAAGAUCCUCUCGGCCCUGCAAGGGGGAGAGGAGCUGCUGUUGGCCCGCCUCCAGAGGGUGGAGCAGGGGGAAUCGCCCUGCUACUCUGUGACCUACUCCGAGACCUACCUGUCACCCGGGGAGGACGACGAUACGCCCUGCAAAGACUACGAGGGCACCGUGUGCCAGGGAGAAGGAGAUGGCGAGGUGUACCCACCUGACUAUGCCACCCACAGGAAGGUCUCAGACGUAGCCUCCUCCGGGGUGGUGUCUCUGAACGAGGAUGAAGAGGAGGAAAAGGAGGAGGAGGAGAGGGAGAGAGAGCAGGGAAACCAAUGUCAUUGAUUUUUGUUUCAUCCAUUGUUUCUCUGUCCAUCUCUCUGUCCCUCACAUGGCCUCUGAUAUGUUAAGCCUGUCCAUCUGUCCGUCCCUCCCUUGGUCUCUAAUAUGUUAAGCCUGUCCAUCUCUCCGUCCCUUACAUGGCCUCUGAUAUGUUAAGCCUGUCCAUCUCUCUGUCCCUCACAUGGCCUCUGAUAUGUUAAGCCUGUCCAUCUCUCUGUCCCUCACAUGGCCUCUGAUAUGUUAUGCCUGUCCAUCUCUCCGUCCCUCAC